AUGGCAUCAAGUAAUGAAUCAUUUUCAAAAAACCUCAUACAUGUAAAAGCAAAAAUGCCUAAUGUACAAAGUUUGGUAGAGUUUGGUAAAUUGUUGAAAGGAAAAAUGCGCAAAGAUUUUGAUGAUAAAUAUGGAAAAAUUCUUAGUUUAAUGGAAGUUAAUGUACAAGUGGAAGCCAUAACGGCAUUGUCCCAAUUCUACGAUCCCCCAUACCGGUGUUUCACAUUUCAAGAUUUUCAAAUGGCACCAACUCUAGAGGAGUAUGAGCAAAUUCUAGGAUUCCCCUUAGAGAAUUCCAAACCAUACCACUACAUAGGACAUUAUCCUUCUCUUUCAACUGUAGCUUCAAUUUUAAAAGUAAACAAAGGUCAAUUGAGCGCUGUUACGAAGAAUCUAAAUUGUGUCGAUGGUAUCCCGCUAGCAUACCUCAAGGAGAGGUUAAAUUUGUUUCAUAAAGAACAAAAUUGGACUGCCUUUACAGAUGUGUUGGCUUUAACCAUGUUUGGGAUCGUUUUGUUUCCGAAUAUGGAUGAAUAUGUUGACUUUGCAGCAAUUGAUGUUUUCUUAGCAGUAAGAAACCAAGGUCACAACCCGGUGCCUGCUGUUCUUGCUGACACGUAUUACGUCCUUAAUUCUUGUCAUGAGAUGAAGAAAAAAAGGAUAUUAUGUUGCUUGCCCGCACUCUAUGUGUGGCUGAUCACCCAUAUAUUUCACGGUGUUAGGCGUGCAUCGUCGUGUCCUAUUGUUGAUUUCAAGGAAUGCUUUGUGAAAGACAAGAGCAAACAAGAUUGGGCUAAAUAUUUAAGAAAUCUUAAUGAGAGGACGGUUCGGUGGUACCCAAAAUGGAGGGAGGUGAACAAGGUAAUUUACCAAUGCGGCACUUUUCCAAACGUGCCGCUAUUGGGAACAAAAGGUUGUAUAAAUUACAACCCUUCUUUAGCAUUGAGACAAUUGUGCUACCCCAUCAUGCACCCACCUAAUCAAGAUGGUUUGACAGACCCAUUUAUUGUACAUGGGAUAGAUGCAAAGGAUACACAAGAGCAUAGAAGGAUCAAAAUGGCAUGGAAUCAAAUUGUACUAAAAGGGAGAGAACUUGGGAAAAGGAGCACCGACGCCCAUGUUUCAUACCGCCAAUGGGUAAAGCAAAGAGUUCUUGAAAUCAAAUUGCCUUUCAGUGGUACUCAUUCAACUGAGCAAGAAAUGGCUGAACCUACCCCUAUAACAAAAGAAGAGGUAGAAGGGCUCAGGGCAGCGUUGAUAAAGUCCGAAGAAGAAAAAAAGGAGUUACAAGAAACAUUAGAGAAAUCAUAUCAAGAGAACAAAGACUUGAAGUUGAAAAACACUAAUAUGGAGGAAUUUAUUGAGACAAGCAACAAAAGGUUGAAAAUAGAAACAAGUAAAAAGCUUAGAGUACAAGAGUGUUUGAGAGGCGCGGAUGAAGAACUGACGGUGCGUGAUGAACAGUUGAAUAAUGCUGUAGAUAAAGCCUUUAUGUGGAAAGGGUUGUGGUCAGAGUCCAAUAUUGGUGAAAGGAAUGUGCAAAGGGAGCACAAUGAUUUGAAACAACAACUGAAGGAGAUGGUGGUUAAGUAUGAAAAGCAAGUAAAAAAUGAGAAGCAACAAGAAAAAGUAGAAGUAAUAUGUAAAAAUUUGAUUGAAGAGUUGAAGGAAAAGGCGGGUUGUCCUAUUAGGAAGAAAAAUGAGUGA